GCUUCACAUAAUUGUCACUGUUUGCCCUCGUUUUCUUAUCAAUUGAAAAACAUUGUUCAAAAUCAAGCACAUAUUGCAUCAUGCCUUCUGCUGCACCCGAGACCGUUUCUAGCAAUAUUCUCGGCGGAGAUGCCCAAAGCCGUCCACGUCUAUCAGAACCCUUGACUUACACGGGUAGUCUUGAUGACAUUCCUCAACUUGACGUCACCCCUGUCAUUGGCCGUGAGUACAAUGGCCUUCAAAUUAGAGACCUCUUGCAAUGGGACGAGAGACACAUCCGUGACCUUGCAGUCACUAUUUCUCAGCGAGGUGUUGUCUUUCUGAAGAACCAGGAUGUCACUCCUCAAGAGAUGAAGGAGUUUAUGCUGCGGCUCACAGAGGUUGCUGGGUGCCCUGCUAGCUCAGGUCUGCAUGUGCAUCCUUUGACUGAAGAGGGCAGUGAGUUGGGUGAUCAGAUCAGUGUUAUCUCAAGUGAGAAGCAGAAGAAGGGAGGUGGUUUGACACAUCAGCUCAGCGAUGUAAGCCGAUAUGCAUCUGCUGGAUGGCACAGCGAUAUUACCUUUGAGAAAGUUCCCUCGGACUAUGCUAUGCUCAAGAUUCACACUCUACCAAAGACAGGUGGUGAUACGCUCUGGGCAUCCGGAUAUGAGGUCUAUGAUAGACUCUCAGACCCCAUGAAGAAGUUCCUCGAAGGAUUGACCGCGACUCAUGAUGCCAGCUUCUUCCACGACGAGGCACGACGCCUAGGAAACCCGAUCCGCAAGGGUAUCCGUGGCUCUCCUCUAAACCAAGGCGAGAACCUCACAUCAGUUCAUCCUCUUGUUCGGACAAAUCCAGUCACAGGCUGGAAGUCAGUGUUUGUCAACAAAGGCUUCACCAAACGCAUCAAUGGAUUGUCAAAAGAUGAGAGCGAUACACUACUAGCGUACCUCUUCAACCUAGUGACACAGAACCACGAUGCCCAGGUCCGGUACCGUUGGAGCAAGAAUGAUCUUGCGAUUUGGGAUAAUAGAUCAACCUUCCACUGCGCGACGUAUGACUAUGAGGAAGCGAGAGCUGGAGAUCGAGUUUGUAGUCUUGGCGAAGCGCCUUAUCUUGAUCUGAAUAGCAAGAGUCGCAGGGAAGCACUCGGUAUCUGAUAACAUCGGAAUAUGUAUAAAAUUGAAUGAAGAAUGUGUAAUGUCACCACA